AUGCGGCCGCCGUCGCCGCCGCGGCCGCUGGCCUUCCCGACGCUAGACUCGCUCGCGGCGUACCUCCGGCCGCGCCUCCCGGGCCCGGCGCUCGCCUCCUGGGGAUCCGCGCCGGGGACCAAGAACCUGCUCAACCUCUUCCUGGAGCUCUCCUGCGGCGACUGCACGCUCCUGCCCGCGGCCUCCUCCCCACCGGCCCUCGUCGUGCGCGCCGUCCACGUCGCCACCGUGCGCAUCCGCAAUCGCCGGGGCGCGCUCCUCGUGGAGACCCGCCAGCUGCUCUCCGACGGCACGCUCCGCCGCCGGGCCGCGCGGCCGCUCUCCGAGAAGAUGCGCCCCGGGGAGACCCCCGAGGCCGCCGCGGCCCGCGCCGUCGUCGAGGAGCUCGGCGAGCGCGCCCGCGUCCGGAUCGUGGGGGCGGUCCCGGAGCCGCGCGUGGAGGAGCGGGAGUCCGUCUCGUACCCAGGACUCCCCGCCAGGUACGUGCUGCACGCGGUGGACGCGGAGCUCGUGGAGGGCGUCCCGGAGGAGGGCGAGUUCGACACGGAGGAGGGCGGCGAGGGCGAGGGCCACGACGGCGGCGGCGCGGCCAUCACCGUGAAGCGGCACUACUGGUCGUGGGUCGACGACGACGAGGCCCGCGGCGAGGCCGCCCCGGCCGCCGUCGCCGGACUGCAGUGUUCAUAG